UAGACAGGCGUUAACGACGUUCCUGCUCGUGUCUGAUUAAGACACUCCCUAAACGUACCAAUCUUCCUAGAAGUUAUUCACAGAAUGCAGCAGAAGAAAUACGAAAGAAUCUCGAGGAGAAUCACAGUUCUCACACUUUUCCACCAAAUUUACUUUGGUCGUGUGAUCAAGCUUUUCACGCUUGUUUUCGACGGUUUUCAAAAGACACAGUCUCACCACUGUCUGUCAACUGUUCCCUAUUGUUAUCUUGGAGUCGAGCCGGAAACGGACACCGGUUUCUUAACGACUUUUCGACACCAGACGGGACUUCUACCUGCCGAUCUCGAAGAACGGGAUGGAAUGUGGGCCUGGCAGGUGCGUAAGUUCUCCGAGAAUUUCAAGGAGAAAGAAGUUGACCCGUUGUUGGACCAUUUCCAAUGGAACUUUACCCCAGAAUAUCGAGACAUUUUUCAAAAAUUUAUUAGAUAACGCAUAACUAAGUCGGAUGAAGAUUCAGAAAACA